ACUCAACCCUGUAAAACCUGCCUGGGUUGCUGUUUCUGCUCAUAGCCAAAGAAUCCAUAGAGAGAAAAGCAUCGAUUUCAAUAACAAAUAAACCAGCAGAGCCAAAUGGACCAGCCAUGUGGCACCCUCAAAUUGUUACAGCUUAGCUCAUUGACAAGGUACCCAAAUAAUAGGUCUUGUGCCAGCCUUAAAUGGACAGUCAUGAGCUCGGGUUCUUAGAAGGUGCCAAAGUAAAACCAUUUACCUUGUGAGUAGGGCUGUAAACAGUGCACACUACCACUAGAGUCCUGUGGAGCCUGGCCGUGGAGGAUGGGGGGCUGCCAGCAGGACCCUUCACAUUGCUCAUGGGGCAGUGACAGUAAUCAGACCAGUGACUUCUGAUGAUACUAUCACACAGGUACAAACUUCAGUUUUGCCAUCAGCCCCCAAGCUCUAUUGCUUUUGAACAAAUAUUUUUGAAAGUAGAAUCCAAUUUUCAGAACAAGGGUUUUUACUUAACAUACUUCCUAUUUCAGAGGAAGGACAGUGAGUUCUGUUGAAUUCUAGUUUUGCAAUUGCGAGGGCUGAUCUGAAAAGGAGAACACAUGGUGUUCAAGACACACAAAAGACAAGGGGAAAGGAGAACAACUGCCUCUCAUCCUGCUGACUGUAUGAUCUUUAGGCGGGUUGUUCCUGUUUUCGGUGAAAGUAAGUCAACAGCCAUCUUUACAGGAAAUGACAAACCAGGGCUUUCCUUUGUAUCUUUUCUUUUCAUGUUUAGCCAUGAUCAGUGCAGAAGAGACAGAAAAGGGUUCAUGCUACCGGAUAGCUCCAGGUAUGCUGGCAGGUGUGGUUCUUGGUGACAUCACACUUACAAUACUGAUUGUCGCGGCUACAUAUUACUGUGCUAGUAAGCGUAGAAUCAAGAAGGAAAAGGCUGAUAAAGUCUACAUGAAUGUCAGAGCGAACUGCAAACAAUAAGCAGCUUAAGAGGAUGAAGAUCUGACAGUAACAGUAAUACUUUACUAUUUUCCAAAAAAUGUGUGGUAGUCCUCUCACUUUUCAGACCAGAAGAUAUUUAUUUGUGUUAUAUAAAUAUUUUUUGCUAAAAUUGUCCAGUAUGUUUGCUUCAUCUAACAACUAUAAUAACUACAUGCAUAAUAUAUAUAUAUAUAAUAUAUAUUUUAAUGGCUUAAAAUUAGUUAGUUUUUUUCUGUCUGUACAGUUGUGUUGUGUGAAUCAUUUUAAAUCUGUGAAUAAAUUUAUUUGAAUGUCUUUUUGUUUGUUUUACUUUUUUCAUUUGGGGUGUGGAAAAGUAUGGAAAAUUCACAGUAUGAUAAGCCAAUAUCACGGUUUGGAGAAAAUCACUAUCUGCUUAAAAUAUGUACCACUACAACAACAGUGCAAACAUAAAAUUAUUUGAUUAGCUAAAAUGUACAUUACUGUUUUUAACAUUUUGAUUGGAUUCUUAACUCCUUAAAGUCAUCCCUUAUAAAAUGUAGAAUAGAAAUAAAAGUCUGGACCCGCCAACAGGUAAUGUGCAUUUAAGGCGCCAUCAAUUGGUCUUCAACUUUAACAGUAGAAAUACGUUUUCUCAGAUUUUUGCCUGGUAUGUUUUUCCUUGUUUUGGUUUGUUUUAAAUUUGUACUGUACAUGGUGCUUCGUGAUAGGCUGACAUCCCAUCCAGGGUGUAUUCCCACCUCUAGUGUUUCACCGCAACCCUGAGCAGGAUAAAGCCAUUACUGAACUGAUUUGUUUGUCAUCAUCUGAAAAAGUCAUAUAAAAAGUCCAACUAUUUCAG